GUAUACCAAACCCCGGGAGGUGUCGGCAGACAUACCCAUCAGCUCUACAAGUCCACUCAUUCUAAGGCAUGGGCGGGAAAGACUGUAUUUGUGUUGAGAGUGUAUUACACGUUGGGACCCAUACAUGAGGAGGAGGUAGGGUUGGCUGACUUUGUGCCACAGUGUCUGGUAGGGGGUGGUAUGUUUAAACGACCGAAGUUUGAGUCCCAAUCCUGUCUAUUACGGAAGGCCUCGAAAUGGUUGUCCGAAAACCCGGAGAUUAACUUUUGUAGUGCGAUGUCAUUGGAUGUGAAACUCAAGUCAAUGGUAUCGAUUGACACGAAACAGAUGUCUGUCACGCGAGAGACCGGAGAUUUCAUACGAAUCCUUCGCAUAGCGUAUACCAAACCCCGGGAGGUGUCGGCAGACAUACCCAUCAGCUCUACA